UGAAUUGGAAUUAACCACCACCACCAAACAUAGAACACAAUAACAUCCACAACUUAAUCUAGCCACUAACCUAACCUCUUUACAUGACAUUUGUGAGUGUCUCAAGCCACCAACCUAACCUCUUUACAUGACAUUUGUAAACCAUUUCCACCCCAUAACUUAAUCUAACCUUAUCUUGCAGUUUCUUCUCUUAAUUUUCUUCUCUCACAAAGCUCCCAUCAAUUCUCUCUAAGAAAAAAACUACAACAUUUUCCUUUGACUCAUAACCUCAAAAACAUGUCUGGUGGAGUUGGACCAACCGGCUGUGACAUCAGCCUACCAAAAGAACAAGAAGAAAUUGUUACCAAAGAACAACACGACCAAUCUCUCAAGGACAACAACCUCAACAAACCAACCACCAAACCACAAAACAAAUCCACUUUCCUCUCAUUCCGACAACUCAAUUGUUUAGUUGUUGUUGUUGUCUUAUCCGCCAGUGGCAUGGUUAGUCCUCAAGAUUUCGCAUUUGUAGUGUUCUCAAUCUUCUACAUCUACUUCAUAUCAAAAACCGCUUUUCCAUCUCUUCACCCUUCAAACGAGCAACCAAUUUUCAGCCGACAGAACAAAAUCCUUAAACUCUAUGUUCUGUUAGGGGCAAUCGUUGGACUCUAUGCUCCUAUAGCGUAUAUUCUACAUGGAGUAUUCGAAGGUGAUAAGAAAGGUAUAGCCGCAGCUACGCCACAUGUUUUUCUUUUGGCUAGUCAAGUUUUUAUGGAAGGUGUGGCUUUUUCUGAUGGAUUUUCGUCUCCGAUAAGAGCUUUUGUUCCUGUUUUGUAUAAUGCGAGAAGGGUUUUUACCAUUGUGGAUUGGUUGAGAGAUGAGAUUUACAAGGUUGGUGAAGAACAUAGUGGCUCUUAUAGAAGGAUUUAUGCUGGAAGAGCACUUGCUGUGGCGAAUAUGGCUUUUUGGUGUUUUAAUUUGUUUGGGUUUUUGGUUCCUGUUUAUCUUCCUAGGGUUUUUAAGGCUUAUUAUUCUAGCCAAAAGGUUAAUUAAGGAAUAAUUAGGUGGAGAUAGGGUGUUGUUGUUGUGGUUGUUUAUGUAUGUUUUGAUGUAUAAGGUCUUGAACCAUGAUUUUCUGGUUGAUUAGUGUAUGAUGUUUGCAUUGUAAUUAAGUAUGUUUGCUCAUUUAUAAAUACACUACGUUGUUAUGA